AGGCUAGGCCAUCCGACGGUUUCUUUCUGCUAUCUCGAUGCCUCUUAGAGUAGUACAGACUCCGUCCACUUUCUCUCUCACUCUCUCGCUCAAGUCUCAUAGACCAAAACCUGUCGUCUCUGAUUGACGCUCUUCUCUGUUUGCCUCCUACGUCUCCUCUUUGCUUCCACUCAUUCCUAUCAGGAGGAGGUGAUCAUGGCAGCAGUAAUAAAGAAAUUUUUCGUUGCAUCAAUGCUUAUGUGGGUUGCUCCUGUUGCAAUAUUAUACGCUUUUAACCACGAUUUGUUUCCUGGUGCAGAUCAAUUGUCACCAUAUUCUCUAACACUGUUGAGUGGAUUCCUUGCUGUCAUAUCAGUCAACAUUGUUAUCGCCUUCUACAUUUAUAUGGCAAUGAAGGAACCUUCAGAUAAACACGAACCUGAUCCUGGGUUUCUUGCAGAGGCCAAAGCUAGUGUAAGACAGUCUACGGACAAACCUGAUUCCCAAAAGAAGGAAGAGUAAGAAUACACAAAACCUCUGCCUUUUUUCCUCUUCAUAGAAGAAGGGCAUUGAAUUGAAAUGCUGGGAAAUGCUGGGUGGCUAUAGGGAAUUUGGGAUCUUAUGGCGCAAUAUUGUCAUAGGUUCAGCCUGCUCUUGAUGUCAAUGUUUACUUUACAGCUAAGGAUUUGGUUUGGAAUCAUACUCUUGUACCAUUUUGUGUACAUUAUUGUUUUGGCUGUUAAAUGAAUUGAUAUUUUUAUUGCAUACGGUGAGUGUUGGGAAAUAAGAUAUAUGCCAGUUCUUCAUUUUGAA